CGCCAAAGUCUUAACAGAGUGGUGCAGACAGAGGAAGAUGAGCGAACCAAAGUUGGCGAAAAACCUGCCGCGGCGUGAAAACCCGCAACAGUGGAGCACUGUGCAGAGGAAGAGUUCAACGAAAAGAAAACCAAACGACAACGGAUACGCUCCUUUAUGGAAAUGCGACGCUUUCGUCAUCGCCAAUUUCGACGACGACUGCAGCAAGCAAUUCGUGAGAAGGUUGCAAACACUAUUUCAAAGUGAAGACCUUGCAUGCCUAACAACUGCGGAUUUCGUUCCCGGCGUGACCCACAAUGAAAACCUCUACAACGCCAUGUUGUUUUGUAAAAUAGUCAUCGUAAUUGGAACAAGGAGGCUAACACAAAACAAAAGAGUAAAAACGGACGUCGAAAUGGCCGUUGCAUACAACAUCAACCAUACUGGUAACCAAGUUGUUCCGAUUCUAUUGAAUAAAGACGAAGGGCUCCCACCAGAAUUGAAUCAAAUAACAGCCAUCCUUUACAAUUCUUCAGAAAGUGAUUGUGACAAGACGUUAAUUUCUAGAAUCAAGAAGACACUAAAUUACCAAAAGAUGUCUUCCAUUGAUGAUGAUUCGGUGUCAGCUGCAAAUGGUACUAUUAUUGAGCUGCAAUUUCCUGAAGACGACGAGAACAACGAGAAGCAGUCAUUGCCAACAGAGACACAGAGCAAUGAAACAGUCAAUCCCAACUCGCCAAAUACUAGAACUACACCAGAAGCGCAAAGCCUAUCAUUUGAGCAAAACAACAAUCAGGAAAUCGAGACAACACCACCCAUGUCUUCCGAUCAAGACAGAAAAUACAAUCUCAACAUACUAGAGCCAUUUCGAUCAGAAAGAUGCUAUGAUCUCAUAUACAGAUGGGCGAAAGUGCUUUAUUGGAUCUGUAUAAUGGUGGGAAGUGUAUCCAUUGCGCUCAGUUUCAGUCUCUCAUUACUAAUCAACCCUGACACAAGAUUUAUGUUAACUCUAAUCAGUAGGAUAUUACUGACUAUUCCAAUGUUCAUAGCAAUAAGAAGAGUUAACCUCUACGUCAGUAAUGCAGCAAAUGUGAUGACAAAUGAAAGACUAGAGUUUCAAGAACCAGCAGUACAGCAAAUUGGAAAUCACAUGGUUGCAGAAAAUCAGAUGAUGAACAACGUUACUGACGUUAAACAAAUAUUGCUGUGCAUUCAACAGUUCCUUUGCAUUGUAGCACGUGUAAAUUUCAUCACGGCCUGGCUCUACCCUCUUACCUGGGCCCUAUUGCUGAAACAGUUGGGAUACUUUGGUCGAGAAAUCUACAAAGGAAACGGCUUUUGGUUUGUUUACAUAUGCAAAGCAACAGACUUUGUCAUUCUGAUAUUAGUGCAAGGAUUUCUGAGAACUCUCAUUGGUAUAUACCAUUAUGAGCGAAAUCUAUUAGUUGAAUCACACAAACUGCAACAAGACCCAAAGUCACAAGAACUUCGAAACACAAUGAGCUCAACUGCCACAUGGUUGCAUAGUAGAAUCAACACCACAGCUAAACAAAUAACAACAUUUGGCCUGCUACUCAUACUAGUGGCGAUACCUGUGAUCCUAUGGAAUCAUGGAAUAACCUCUCUUAUCAAAAGCUCAAAGGAAGCCCUGAAUGGUUACAUGACGCUGAUGUUUUGGCUCAUACUACUUGAAAUGCUCAUGCACUGUCCCACAAGACACAUGAAGACCGUUGCAGUACUGGCCAAUGCGUUAGCUGUCUUUGCUCUACACUUUGCCUUUGAACAGAAUCCCCUCGUUAUGGAAUCUCUCACAUGUUUCCUGCCGUUCGUUGAACUGCGCAUGCUGUGUUUGAUGUCAAUGUUCUGUUUACUGCUGCAUUGCACAACAGUUCUAAAAACUAACAAUUGGCCCUUGCCCUCGUUUCAACUCAAUGAAAUAAGGAAACGACAAGCUCCUCUCAUAAUUAUAGCUAUCGUAUUGUUGGUCUGUAGCACAUUGCUAGCAUAGAAGGUAUGAACACUAACAGCAUUUUCUCAAGUACUCGUAGAAUUUGUUCAAUGCAUCCAAUUUCUGACGCAAUGUGAGAAUAUCAAACAUAAUCAUUGCUAUUGUAAACUACAAUGUUCAUUAUCUCAAUUAAUUCAAUUU